AUGCCCCCCACCACCCUGGCCAUCUUCGACUUCGACGGCACCCUCUUCGACACCCACGAGUCCAUCUCGCAAACCAUCCAACUGACCUUCGAGGCUCUCCUCCCCACCCACGCGCCUCCGCAACCCGAAGUCCACCGCCUAAUUGCCAGCGGCGCCGGCCUCUCCGACACCUUCCGCGCCCUCCAUCCGGACCCCGCCACGUUCGCCCUCCACGAAACCGCCUGGAUCGACAAAUACCGCGCCCUCUACGCAACCCACGGCCAGCUCCUCAUCAAAGCCUUCCCCGGCGCCCAGGCCCUCUUGGCCGAGCUCCAGGCCCACACCGUGCCCAUCGCCAUCGUCAGUAACAAGGGCGUGGCCGCGGUGAAGACGGCGCUGGAGAGGAACGGGCUGGCCGGGUAUGUGCCCGAGGACCUGAUCGUCGGGGACAAGACACCUGGGGCGCAGCGGAAGCCGGAUCCCGCCAGCUUUGUGGACGUCCUGGUGCCGGUCUUGGAGGGGAAGUUUGGCGUAAAGGUGGCGGCGGACGGCGUGCUGGUGGUGGGGGAUACGGUGGCCGAUAUUCAGGCGGCGUGCGAGGGGUUGGGGCCCGAUUAUGUGGUGGAUUCGUUGGGGGAGGUGGUGGGCAUUAUCAAGGGUUGA